AUGCCGGCUCCUUCUCCCGUGUUUCGUAAUUGUUAUCAAAUCUCCACUUCCUGUAUCUCGCUCUCUCUCUCUCUCUCUCUCUCUCUCUCUCUCUCUCUCUUUUCUCUUUCUCUCUCUCUCUCUCUCUCUCUCUCUCUCUCUCUCUCAAUUUCUCUCUCUCUCUUUCUUUCUCUCUAUUUUUCUCUUUCUUUCUCUCUCUCUCUCUCUUCUCUCUCUCUCCUCUCUCUCUCACUCUUUUUUUCUCUUUCCCUCUUUUUUCUCCUUUUUCUCUCUCGCUUUCUCCCUCUCUUUCUCUCUCUCUCUUACCUUUCCCUCUCUCUCUUUUCUCACGCUCUUCCUCUUUCUAUUUCACUCUUUUCUCUCUCUUUUUCUUUCUCGUUCUUGAUCUCUCUCCCUCUGCUCUCUCUCACCUUCUUUCUUUCUCUCUCCCUCUUUCUUGCUCCUUUUUUCUCUCUCUCUUUUUAUCUCUCCCACCCUCUCUCUUUUCUCACUCCCUUUCUUUUCUCUCUCUUUCUAUUUCCCUCUCUAUCUAUUUCUCUUUCUUUCUCGCUCUUUCUUUUUCUCUCUCUUCUCUCUUUCUCAUUCUUUCUCUCCCUUUCUCUCUCUCUCUCACGUGUUCUUUCGACUGUUUCUUACUUUAUUAUACCCACACACCACCCCUUCUCGCCCUCUUACUUACCUGCCAAGCCUCGACUGAUAGAAAUAUAUUGA